UUUCAAUUAAUUUAUUGAUUUUACUGCUAUUUUUUAAAAGUUUAUUUAUUUAUCUAUUCUAUCUUACUAUCUAUAAGCGUCUAUUAUUAUUAUUUUUUAUUUACUUUAUUCUACCAAUCCAUUUUUUUAUUUUUUUGUACCAACCAUCGAAACAGUAUAAAGUGGUGUUAUUUAGUUGAUCGGGCGCUUAUGACCUGUAUGGUUUGCGCAUAGACAUCGAAACAAACAAACUAUUCUGGUUAUACCUAUCGAUGUAUUUUUAUAUCGAUCUAUCAAUAAUAUUGCAUGCAUUGUGAUACACUGUGUUGCUGAUUAUGCUUGUGGGGAAUAUGUUCUUUUAAGAUUGAAGAAUUGCGUUCGUUUAAUUCGUGUUAAUGGUGCUGCAGAGGGUCAGUAGUAUAACGUUUUAUUAUGGCUGAAAAGAAUACAAAAAACGAAAUUAUGAGAAUGCUUCUUUCAACACCUAAUCCUCCAAAAAUCAUACCCAGAGGUAAAAUGGAUAAAAUUAAAAGCAGCGAUAGUGAUGGAGAAUGUGGUGCCAAGUUGUCCAAUUAUCUCCAACACUUAACUGGACAGCCUGAAUUCCAAAAUGUCGUGGAAAUGGAUCAUCCAUAUUCUCGUCCAUGGAACUGGAGACCAGAUAAUUUUUAUGCGAAGCCAGCCAAGAAAUUGUUUGUUUCAAAAAACAACAAUUCUUGGGGCUCCACUGAAAACAUAGAUCCUGUUGGUGAAGUUCCAUCACCUACUCCAGCUUAUAAUCAACAGAAAGCUCAAGUGAUGAUGGAUGAAACAAGUCGUCUCAUUACUCUGUUACGUUCUGAUCCUGGUGAUGUUGAUUGGGAAUCUAAAAUAGAUAAGAGUGACUGGGGUUUAUCCCAAACAAGGAUAUUUGAACGAGUUAUUAGAAUUCUGAAUUGGGAGCGUCUUAAUCGCUUGACAUUUGUUUCUAACUGGAAUGAACCAGUUCUUAGAAGAAUCUCUUUAGAUAAAUCUGCUCGACGUUUCAGAACAAUAAUGGCUUCAAUAGCAUGGAAACAAAAACUAGUUCAUUGGCUACAUAAUCUUUUAUUGGAAGUUUUAGAAGUUAAUUACUUAGUAGCAUACAUUGACAUUUUACAGACAUUAAAGAAAAAGAUUCCUACAUUAGUGGAGAGGAUGAUUUCAAUUCCAGCCAGCAGCAAGAUAAACCCUGAUGCACUGAAGUUAUUGUUGAAGAAACCAUGGGAUCCCGCAUCUACUGGCUUAACUUGUUAUAAACCUAGAAGAUUGCCCGGAAACCCUUUGAUUGUCAUUGUACCACCUUAUGGACAGAACGGAAACUCUUCAGAGCAAAGCAGCAAGGUUCAGAGGUGGCUGCCGUAUUUGUCACAAAUCGGAAAUGUCAUUCCAGUCACUACUAAUAAUGUUGCAAGUAGUAAAAUAACUGCUAUUACAAGUUUGGAAUACAUGCUGUCAUCUACUAGGGCCAAACUAACAGAACUCAAGUCUGAUUAUGUUGGACGACCUAUCAUUCUGUUUGGCCUUAAUUCUGGAUCUGCCUUGGCAUGCCAGGUUGCACUCGUUGAUCAGGUAGCAGCCGUCAUUUGUAUGGGCUUUCCACUGAAUACUGUUGAAGAUAAAAGAGGACAACCUGAUGACACUCUUCUUAAUUUAUCCAUGCCUGUAUUAUUUGUGAUUGGUCAGCAUGCCGCAACUUGCUACAUCGAUGAUAUGGAGGAGCUUCGUGAGAGAUUGAAUGUUGAAACGGGUCUUGUCAUAGUAGGAGCAGCUGAUGAUCACUUAAGGAUAACAAAAGCAAAACAAAAAAUAGAAGGGAUAACUCAAGGAAUGGUUGAUCACUGUAUUAUUGAUGAAGUAACUGACUUUAUUGGAAAUGUACUUUCAUCACCACCACAACCUCCUCCUCCACCAGCUCCGGUUGAUAACAGGCCCCGGCUAAGAUUAGUUGAAAAGAAGCGAAAAAUAUCAAUACAAGAUGAUAUUUAUCCACGAAAGCAGUUGAUUCCAUCUGCUUCAAUAAGAAAAGAUGGUAUAACAAUUAAUAUUACUACAGUUCGUAGAGGAGGAUCAAGGGGUCGUGGAAGAUCCAGAUAUAUAACUCAAUCAAGUAAUGGAGGUAUAGCCAUAUCUCGCAGAGGUGGUUUAUCCGAUAAAGGUGUGACACGUCCUUCUAUUGAAAAUAUAAGUGUAAUAAACAGUUCGAAUAUUGACAAUUCAUCAUUAAGUAAUGAAGGCCAGACGUUCAAGAUUCUCCCCCACAUUAAAGUAUUAGGGGGUGAAGGAUUCACUUCAAUCUCUAAUAGCCAAGACAAUACUAGUUUUGUUGAUGAACUAACUCCAGAUAGACUUUUAGAAAUGCCUAUUAUCAUAGCUGCUGACACUCAAGAAGAAGGACAUGAUAACCAACUGAAGGUAAUGAUGACUGGGACUGAACAAACAGAAAUCAAUCAACCAACGAACAAAAAUGAAGUUAAGUGUGCUACAAUCUACUUCAGAAAGCGUGGCUCAGCCACUUCUAGUGGUACUCGAGUUUCAACUAUAAAUGUUGGUUUAGCUGGAAAUAGGCAGAUUAUCCAAAGAAAACCACGCUUACAAAAUUUUCCAGCUACCAAAUACAUUUCAGAAAAAUAGAUCUUGUAAAUUAAUAUUGUAUAUUUAUUCAACAAAAAAAAGAAAGAUAUGUUUUAAUUUUGUAAAUUAUUGUAUUGAUUUGUAUGUAAAUACUUAAUUAUUAAAUGUAUAUUUUAUUAAUAAAUAUUUUGAUCAUA